AGUCGUAUUGGUUCACACGCGGCGCCCCGCCCUCUCGCUGGCGGAACUGCUACCAGGAAGCUGGACGAACGUGCUGUGGCUGGCUUGGGCGGGAGCUGCGCCCGGCCUUCACGCGGCCGGGCACGCCAGCCCUCCGCACGUGCAUCCAGAGCGCGUCGGGCCGCCGCGCACUCCGCCCCCGAGCCCGGCCGCGCGCGUGCUCUCCAGCUUCCUGGGCACCGUCUCGUAUCCUGCCAUGUCCGCGACCCCCAUGCCGUCGGCUCGUGGGCCCAGGAGAGGGCCCCGCGGCGAGGCCGCCCGACGGGCGGCCAAGCGUGCGCCCCUGCCCUGCGCGGCCCUGCUGGGCGCGCUGCUCGCACCGCUCGGCCGCGGCACCCCGGCAGCCUACGCGCCCCCGCCGACGCGGGGCGCCGCAGGCGGCAGGCGCUCGGCGCUCUUCGGCGGCGGCAGCGCGCUGCUCGGGGCGCUGCCGCCGCUGGGCGGCCUCGCCGCCGCGCCGGGCGCGGCGAAGGCCCAGCUGACGCCCCAGGAGCUGCGCCAGAUCGAGCUCUUCGCCCGGACCUCGCCCGGCGUGGUCAGCAUCACCGAGGGCUCCAAGAGGCUGCCCAGCGGGGUACAGGCGGGGGCCUCUGGCAGUGCCUUCAUGUGGGACCGGGAGCACGUGGUCACAAACUUCCACGUCAUCGGGAAUAUGGUGGCCCCCCGCGCCACCUUCCUGGGCAAGGACGCGAGCGGCAAUGAGAUCCGCAGCUCGCACGACCUUGUGCUGGUGGGGGGUGACCCGCUCUCCGACAUCGCGGUCCUGCAGGUGCCCACGCUUGCCGGCACCGAGGUGCAAGAGCUGUUCCAGCCGCUGCAGCGAGCAAGCUCGGCCGACCUGGUGCCAGGGCAGGAGGUGUUUGCACUUGGCAACCCCUACGGCUUAGAGCACAGCAUGAGCCUCGGCGUCAUCAGCGCCGUGAAGCGAACGAUGCGGCUGGGCAUGGGGAGCAGACCUAUGGACGGCGUCAUCCAGACGGACGCGGCCAUCAACCCAGGAAACAGCGGCGGACCUUUGCUGGACAGCGAGGGCAGGGUGGUGGGCAUGAAUUCCGCAAUCAUGUCCGCCAGCGGCGGCUUCAGCGGUGUAGGCUUGGCCAUCCCGAUCGACCUGGUUCAGCACCACGUUGGCAACAUGAUUGCAGAGGGGUACGUCAGCAGAGCGGCGCUGGGCGUAACCUUCGCACCCAGCGGCAUGCAGGAGGUGCUGGGCAUCGACGGGGCGAUCGUGAUGAGGGUGGUGCCCGAGGGCCCCGCCUCGAAGGCCGGCGUGCGGGCGCAGAGCAGGGGCCGCCUCGGCGACGUCAUAGUCGGCAUCAACUACAAGCGCGUGAGCAGCUCCGACGACAUCGUGAAGGUGCUGGACACGCUGGCACCCGGCGGGAAGGUCACCGUGCAGUUGAAGCGCCCCUCCCAGGAUAUCGAUAGUGACGCGUACGACUUCGUGGACCUCAACGUCGAGCUGGCCAGCUCUGGCGCACUGCACUAUCCAAUGAUUGCUGUGUGAGGCUCCUGAGAUUCGCGCGCGUGCGAGGGCUUCGCUCUCUUGGCCGAGCCUUCUUCAGAGAAAAGACUCGUUGUUCGCGUCGCUGCGAAGUUGUAAGAAUUCACUGCGUCAAGUCCCGCACGAGCGGGUGCAUGUGGCAGGGCGAUACCAGGGUGACCAGAACACCUCCAACCUCUUAGAGGUUGGGGGUGCGCUUGCCGCUGCAGUCGGAUAAGACUUGCAUAGGUUGCGCCUCUCCCUGGGUCUCUUGGAAGCUCCCUCCCGCGAGCCCCGCACAAAUGCUGACCGUUCGCAGCGGACUCCGGACUGCCGAGGUGGGCCGACGAGGCUUCCCAAAGCGGGAACGGCACCAUGAGCUGCUGUGCCAGCGCAUCUGCUUUGGAGGCGCCUCAAGUUCUCGACGGGUUCGGUCAGAACUUUUUAAUACAGUUUUCGGUUGCAAGUCAAUCACAUGCGGCAUUAUGAACAGACUCAUCGCACGAUUUCAGCGUGUGGAGCGGUGCCACCUUUUCAUUCGCUGUCGGGUCUACGUUUCGCAAGCGACAUGCUGCCCCCUUCCUUUCUAUGGCCCAGUGAACCUGUACAUAAGCCGCUGGGCGCCAAUCCAGUCUAGUCAUCUUCGAGACGGCGAUCUGUCACAGCGCGUUGUGUGUCAGACCGUCGAAUCUGGCUCGCUCAUUUUCCUCUCGGUACCCUCCCUCGUAUUUAUCUACCUCGCCCGAUCAGAUCCAGCGUCGAUCUUCCAGCGAUCCGACGCGGCCCGACGCCUGCGCGGUGCUGUCGUGCAUCCCGGCGCCGCCGUUCCCAUUUGAUUCCGACACUGUUGAUGCAGCCCGAUGCAGCUCGCAUGCCCAUUCGGUCCGAUUUUCACCCGAGUCCGUGCGCACUGCUCUUGGCAGGGCCCCGCGGCCAGCUGGGCAGCCGCGGAUCUGCGGCGCGGCAGCCCGCCGGGUGAGGCCGCGGUGGCAGCGCGCGGCAGCCGUCUGGCGCCGCGAGUCGUCGGGGGGCCGGCGGAUCGCCCCCCCCCCCCCCGGUGCCCGAGAUCUUCGCGCCGCGGAGAGGAGCAAA